AUGACCGAAAUAGAACACGAGUUUGCAAAGAUUGAAAAAUUGACUGGAGAAGAAAAUUGGGGACUUUGGAAAUUUCAAGUGCGAGUUAUUAAUCUCACGAAUGGAGCAGCUGAAAUUCUUUCCGGAGAUCUUGUUAAGCCAGAACCGGCGGGGCAAAUGGAUGCUCAAGGGACGGCUGAGUAUCAGAAAAGAUUAAAAGAAUGGAAAAAGGUGGAUGGUUUAGCACAAAAGUCAAUUGUGACAACAAUAAAUGCCAGGAAUAUGUUGCACAUUAUAAAUUGUACGUCUGCCCGUGAAAUGUGGCUCAAAUUGCACGAAGUGUAUGAAAAUAAGAGCGAAACAUCAAAGCACAUGCUACAGCAAAAAUGGUUUUCGCUUGUUAAGGAUGCCACAGAUGAUAUAGCCACUCGUGUGUCUAAGAUAAAGGAUCUUGCCUGUCGGUUAGCAGCACUAGGGGAACCUGUAUCAGACAGUAUGAUAAUGACCAAAAUUUUAAUGACUCUUCCGUCGUCUCUGAAACAUUUUCGUACAGCUUGGGAAUCGACUGGUGAAGAACAGCGAACGCUAACGAAUCUUAUUUCGAGACUUUCAAUGGAGGAGAUUCGGCAAGGGACAGAUCAGAAUGAUGUAAAAAACAAAUAUUAA